GGAAAAAUCCAGAGACAGAGUAUUCUGGGUCAUCGAAUUCGAGCAUGCCGCCCGCUGCGGUUCCUUGUUCACAGCUAAACUUCUGCAUGAGCCAACGGAUCUCAGUUGAACUUGCACAAUUCCACGUUUUAACCGCAUCAAAACCGCAUGUUGAAAACCGCUCUAAUCUCACGAGGCCGGCCUAAGUACAGCCCAAAGCUCGGCGUGGACCCCUCAACAUCCUGAACGGGACUUUACGGUACAUGCAAUGACUUCUCAAUCUGAACACUCGUCUCGACCGUUGGCACCAUCUACGAUACGAAGGAAAAGAAGUACAGCCCAAGUGAAUCACUCUCAUCUUCAGAAAACACUUCCAGGACCUUUUCAGGAUGAUGAACUGUCUGGACUCACCACCGGUUGGACCAGGAUACGACAUCCGGAAUAUGGCUCUUACUACUUUCACGAGGAGAUGAGAGUUUGCAGCACUGUAAAGCAUGAAAUGAGCGCCCUAUGUAGCGCUAUCACUCGACUAUUUCACGAUUUGAAGGAAAGCGCUCCUCCUGAUGCCGACUCCGACAUAACUCUCGUUCUGGACAAAUUUUUCGUCGGCACAGACCAAAAACUCACAUUCGGGUAUUAUUUUGUUUCUCAUACCCAUAAGCGAGUCUUUUGGUUGGAGGAUUUCGACCUUCCUUGCUUGUCAGAAGAAUGUGACGGAUCUAUGGGGUCGACUUCCGGAUGUGUUGAAGCACAGUACUGGAAGCAUUGCGAGCUCUUUCCGAAUACACUCAACGUCACAGAAGUUGUCAUCCGUGAACUCAAGAGUAUCUUAGUCCAAGCAUCUGCAGAUCGCGUCACUUCAAAAUUCUCGACAUCGCCCUAUGCUGCAGAAAACCUCUCAACUAUGUUAGAACUUGUGAAUAAUAUCGAGCCUCAAGGUAAGAGUAAGGAUGGGCGCUCAGCAUGGACAAUAGCCAAAUUCAUGGUUCUAUAUUAUAUCGGCAUAUUGCGGAGUUCAUAUGGCCAAAAUGACGACUUUUUCGACAUCGACUACUCUGAGCCAAAUUCAGAACCUUACCAGCGCUCGAUGUUGAUGGCACUAUUGUCUCCAUUAAUGCUAAAGUCCACGGAAGUCUACGCAGAAGAAUUACACAGUUUUCGAGACAAUUUCUCACUUUCGGGGUGGAGGGGGUUUGUGCGCAAGGUCGAUAUCAGCAUCCGCGAUUCCAAUUUGCUGGCAACUGUCCUGCUCAGCACGAACGUUGGCUUUUUGGCAAUUGGAAGUGUAGAUGCAAGCAGUGCUGAUAGUUCAAGGUCAGGGGCGCAGAUUGUCAUAUACUGCUCCGUCAUCUGCAGCAUUGGGAGUAUCAUCAUUGGUCUCGUUAUUUUCAAGCAAUACCGCGCAAAGGGUGCUGAUACUCCUGUGAAAGCGGUCACAAUCUUGAAGCGCAUCUUCCGCGAACAAUAUGGUCUAGAGAGGCUGGCUGUUAUCUGCAGCCUGCCGUAUAUCUUGCUGAUGUGGAGCCUUAUUUUUUUCUCGAUCGCAUUUUGCGAGAUGUGUUUCGCAAAGACAGAUGUGAAGGCUCGCGUGCCCGUCGCAGUUGCAGUCUCCUUGGUUUUAUUGUUCGUGUUUGGGUCUAUGUUCACCGCUGGACCGCCGAACAAAGAGAAGGUCGUGGAUCCCUCCAAAGUCUCGAGGUGGAGAAGAGUGGGUCGGCAAAUCACAGGGUUCGUUCCGUCUGUGUGCAAGCGAUUGUGGAAGCGGGACGAUCCAAUGGAGUACGACAUCCAGGGUGGUGCGUGAGAUAGAGAUAGGUCGCUGGACGUUUUGAUUCUCCUUGUUCUGGACGAUCCGUUGUGCAUAUGACUAUGUAAUUAUCACGAAGCAUUUUGAAUCCCCUCUAGCUAUUUACACUGUUGUAUACGCCCCUUGGAUAAUAUCACUGCGCACCGUCAUUCACAUU